UUGGACAGCCAGGGUCGUUGAGGCGAUUUGAUAGGCUCGUCGCUAAGAUAUGGGAUAGUGCUGUAUUUAUUGUUGGAUACGAAAGCUGUUUUUCUACAGUGGAAGUGUGAUAUUACAGUCAGGGAUAUUUAAUUCUCUAGAUCUCCACAAACGGGAAUAUAGAGCAGUAUUUUACAGUGGAAACAGCGGAUGUGGCCAAUUUGAUUCAGGCUUUAGGCUGAGAGAGGAUGCACACUACUCGCAGUCCAAUGUCCAUCCAGCCUGGAAUGGCUGGAGACGCGCUGGAUCUAAGCUUGUGCGGAUCGCAGCUUUCCAUGGGCCGCAGACCCAGCAGUGCCUCACCGGGAAAACACUUCUCUCGCUCCAUAUCGGUGUCCAUGGCCGGUGAUGGACGUGGCAAACGCAACACUCUGGCUGAUGGUGGGUUUGGGAGUUCCCGUGCCAUUAAGAAUCUGCGGCGAUCAAACAGCACCACACAGGUGAACCAGCAGGUCAACUCUAGACUCAGUGAGGGCCAUACAGAGGAUUUCUUGGCUCUAUUUGACAGCAGCACUGAUGGUCGUCGAAAACUAUCCAGCCUCACUAAGGCCUCUCCAGACCACACAACAUGGAACAUUCUGGACGACCAGCCACGAGCAUUCCCGUUGCCCUCCAGCUCUCGCAGCACCUGCAGUACGGAUUCGCCCACUGGCAUAAGGAAAAGAGAUUCUGGUGUUUCACUGGCUGCUAACUUUACUGCCAACAACAGGAGCAGUAAAGCAGCUGUGGGGAACUCAGUGACAACUAUGCUGCACAACAACCACUCAGACAAGCCUCUCACACCCAAGAGCUCCAACCAGAAACCCUGCUUCAAUAACAUCAUCAAAGCCACAGUGAACGAUGAGGGCACAUUAGAAAGCAGCUCCCUCACAAAGUCUCAGAAGAACUUCUCGGCUUCUACAGGCUCUAAUAACAACGUCUCCAGCUCCCGAAGCCCUCGCAGCCCUCGUAGUCGAGAAGUCACCGAGGAGGAGGCCGAGAGGUUUAUCCAGCAGGUCAGCCAUGCAGCAGUCACUAUCCAGCGCUGGUACCGACACUAUGUCGCCAGGAGGAACGCAAAUGAAACUGCCCUCAAGCAACUGUUUACUUCCAAAAGAAAGCAGGAAAGAGCGCAACAACAGGAAAAAGCUGUAAUAUCACAGAAAAAGAAAGAAGAGGACAGGAAACGCAUCAGAGAGGAGAAGGCCCGUCUGGCUCGCCUCACUGCUAUCCAGGAACUGCAGCAGAAGAGGGAACAGCGAGCUGAGGAGGUACAGCGAAUAGCAGAACAGGAAGUAGAAGCCCUGCAACAGGCUGGGAAAGUGGGGCAUAUGAAACUCACUCAGAGUUUGCCUGCCUCCCCUACAGCCACCAAGGCUAAGAACACGGAUUCUAAUGUGGAUUUGGAGAGCGAGCUUGAAGAUGUUGCCAAUCAGAGGGCAGCAUCACCCACGGUGUCAACACGCAGAGGCUCUCAGUGUUCUCAGGAGAUUCUGCAGCGGUUUGUGAGUGUAGAAGACCAGCGACAGGGGGCACCAUCGAGCAGAGCUCAUUCUAAAACAACACUUAAUGACCUCCUUGAUUCCCUCAAACUCCUAGAAGAGGGACCAGAGAGACUCUCACAGGCUAAGAGCUACAGGAAGGAGAAAUACGCCUGGAUUGAUGAGGAUGGAGGGUCCAUCACCCUAACCACAGAUAAUGUGGAGAGACUUGGGCAGCUGAGCCAGAGCCCUGCCCUGUCAGAUGGCGGAGCUUUACUCUCUGAGGCCAAGCUGCAGAGCAUCAUGAGCUUCCUGGAUGAGAUGGAGAAGUCUGAGCAGGAGAGGCCACGUUCAGUAACCUCAGGAUCACACAGAGAGGUGCUGCUAUCUGAGGAGGAGCUGGCUGCAGUGGAUCAGGCUUCUGCUACUGCUGCUGAGGUUGCCAGCUCUACGAUGAAACUCAAACUGGAGCUGAAGGAAAAGCAACGCGCUGUCACGAUGCUACAGACCGCACUGACCCAGCAGAGAGAGCUGAUGCUCCAUAAUGUGAAGGAGACAGAGAAGGAACUCAACCACAACUUCCAGAUUCAGAAACAGCAAUACGAUGCUACAAUCCAAAGACACCUGGCUUUCAUCGACCAGCUGAUCGAUGACAAGAAGUCCCUGAAUGAGCACUGUGAGUGUGUGGUGACUGAGCUCAAACAGGUUGACCAGAAAUACACAAAAAAGAUCAACCAGAUGCAGGAGCAGCAUGAACUGGUGUGGCAAAUUCUGGGUCCCUUGUGUGAGGAAAUAAAAAAAAUAAAAGAAUUAAUGAGUGCCUCAGAAAAGAUAAGGCGAGAGAAGUGGAUUGAUGAGAAGACCAAGAAGAUCAAGGAGAUCACUGUCAAAGGCCUUGAGCCAGAGAUCCAAAAGCUGAUCUCCAAGCACAAGCAGGAGCUGAAGAAGCUGAAGUUGCUGCACGAUGCAGAGUUGCUGCAAGCAGAUGAGAGAGCAGCACAGCGAUACAUCCGACAAAUCGAGGAGCUCCGAGAGCAGCUGGAGAAGGAGCGAGACGAACAGUGCCAGCGUGAGAGGGAGCUCGCCAAGCAAAGGUUUGAGAAGCAGCUACAGGAAGAACAGAAUGCCUUACAACAGCAGAGCAGACGACUCUACAAGGAGGUUGCUGAUGAGAAAGAGCGACUUACCCAGCAAGCUGCUAGGCAGCAUACUGAGUUGGAGGAGUUGAAGACUCAGUUGGAGAACAACAGCUCUCUGGCUAAUCGUGUUUUAAAGGAAGAGAUGGAAAAGAGCAGAGAGGAGCAGGAGAGACGGCACCAGGUGGAAAUGAAGGCUCUGCUGGAACGCAUGGAAAUUGAGAAACAGACAUGGGAAGAAAAUUACAUGAAAAAGGAGGAAGUAUGGCUGCUUACUCGAGAGCGAGAGCUGAAAGAGGAAGUGCGUCGGGCUCGCGACAAAGAGAUCGAGUUGGUCAUUCAGAGGCUAGAAGCAGAGACGAGCAUUGCCAGAGAAGAAUGUGACAGAGCUGCUGAGAACCGUGUAAAGCGUGUGAGGGAAAAGUAUGAAGCAGAGCUUCAAGAGCUGAAGUGCUCAGAGAAGGUGGCUAUGGAGGAACGUCAGGAGAUGAGAAAAAGACAGAGUGAGCUGGAAGGAGAGAAUCUUCGCUUGCAGUCCCUUCUCAAACAACGAGAGCAAGAAAUCACUGAUGUCACACAGAUCCGUGAUAAGUUGUCAGAAGAGAGGCGUAGCCUUGCAGAGGUCAUCAGAGAGGAGUUUGCAGAGAGACUGGUUGUAAUGGAGGAAGAGAACAGGAGGAUGAGGGUGGAGGUGGCAGAGGUACGUGCCAGACUCAGGCUGGAAUUGGAGCGACUCAGCAGUGAGAAAGAAAAAGAACUGGCCGAGGUUCACCAAAGGGUGAAAUCAGCUAUUUUGAAAAAGGAAGACACUGUGAACACCUUACGAAAGCAGCACGAGGCUGCACUGAAGAGGGCAGAUCACCUGGAGGCCCUGUUGGAGCAGCAGAGAAAACAGCUUUUAGGGAAAUGAUCCAUAUUUUUCUCCCAUUUCCCUUAUCACUAGGAGAGAUUGAUAAGGAGGAGGGAAAAUAAGCCUGUUUGGAUUGACAAUGUUGUCUUUUCCAUGAUCUAAGAGGAGAACACUUUUCUCAGCACAAAUUAGAGCUAAGAGACCUUUGUCUCACCUUGGACUAGACCACAAACUUCUCCUGACACAUAAGCAGAGGAAGAGAAAAAGCAGAAGGCGGAGGGUGUGUGAGAAGUGCUGGGGGAAUUUUUCUGCCAGAGACGUUUUCUCCAUGUGAGUAGGGUGGGGGUGGGAAAAGUACUGGGUAUACAAGCCUUCACAAUAAUCACUUUUAGACAUUCUAAAAAAAAAAAAACACUGUGCCGUCCUUUCUUUGGAGCAAAUCAUUGUGUUAAAAAAGGAGUGAGAGAGAGAUAGAGUGAAGGAGAGACACUACAUAGAAAUGGGAAAUGAACAAAAAUAAAUAGAUGUGUCAUCCACACAGUUUGCAACCCUGUGGCUGUUUCAAAGCUUUUGCCCUGCUACAGGCCUUCAGCUUUUACACAGUAUUACAAGAAGAGGGAGGGCAAAUGCUCACCCCUUCCCCUUUGUGUCAAAUACAGAUGCCUUUUGUCUCAGGUCUCCCCAGGGCUCCUAAGUAGUGGGAUCACAACACGUUCACUGAAACAUGCAGGCCUCAUGACCAGCCAAACCCUGUAUUUAAAGAGGUCUAAUCAGAGUUGUUAUAGUUAGGUUUCAGACAGAGAAUAUUCUAGAAACUUGAUAUGUUGAUGGAAAUAGAAAGAAAAGGUUAAAGGUUUCGAAUUGUGAACAUUUAGGUAUGUUUUCGGAUAGAAGAAUGGUGGAUAUAUGAGUAGUGUUUAAUAUGAGAAAGUACCAAAGUAGAUCUUUGGAAUUCUAAGGUUAGUAAUAGUAAGAAGGCUUUAAGAUGUGAAAAGAAGAUGGAUAGACAAAGCAAUCUUUUUUAAGAAGAUUAAGGAAAGUAAAGCUAGAAUUUAAAGGACAGAUUCAGAAUACAGUGCAGUGGGUUUCUGUGCAUUUAACACUUGAAGAGGCCUGAGACAAAAUGCAUUAAUACAUUGAAAAACGACUAGGAAGUUCAUACACACUUCUCCCUUGUUCUGUUCCCCCAGAAAAUGCUUCCCUUUGCAUUCUCUUCUCCAAUUACACCAAUGGGAUUGACAGAUCCAUCUUGGUAUUGAAAGUAAUAUGGUUACUUAAAUUGGCUGCAUUUUAUGGAAUGCAAUCUUUUGUAGCCCUGUUGAUCUUUUCCAAUCUUCAGAACUCCUGUAAAACAUUUGGAACAGAGAAAUAUGGCCUCUUGUUUGAGCUCUUAAGCUGCUGUUGUCGAAAGGUCACGUAGAGCAUGACCGAGUGGAAAUCACCUUUUAUUGGUGGAAAUUUGAGCCCAAGUCACAGUCCAAUUUUAGUUGUGAUUUUGUAUUAACCUUUAACAAGUAAAUACCUUUGACUGGUUCAGUGCUCCCCUAAAUGGAGACAGCUCAGUGUUGAUGCAUUUAAGCAAUUCAUAACUCUUUAUGCCUUCCAUUUAAUGAAAAGGCCUUAUGUUUGACCAUUUUGAAUGUUGUAUAGAUAGUACUGUCCACUUGUACCAUUUUCUUUGAUGGGUUUUAGUAAAUCAGAUUAUUCUGAUGUGUUAAAUAAUAUUUUAUAAAAUGUUUAGUGAAAGAUGUCACCCUGGUACCUUGAGGUCUAGGAUAAAGCACAAUUUAUUUCCUUAUCACAUUUCCAACAUUCAAAAUCUCCAUUCCCUUAUAUCAAGCCAGACUCCAGUAGCAUUAGCAGGUACAGUAACCCAGACACAGAUCUAUUUCAGAUGUGUUUUUUAUAGCAUGCAGAUUCAUACCAUUCCACCCUUCUCUACACAUACAAAUAACGUGUGUGUGUGCUUAAGAUUAACUGAGCAUGUAAUUUGAACCCUAGUUAAAGGUUCAUCUAGAAGGACAAAUGGUCCGGUGAAUGUUUUAUAAAGUUUAGAGAACAGAGGAGAAGAGCUGUGUGUUUUGAUCCAUGGCCUUUGUGUUUAUUUGGGUUUGCAUCAUGGUUGACAUAGUUGGUACAUACCAUCUGUAAGGAUUCCAAAAAUGAAUACAAACAAAACCAUCAGUAUUCUGGUCAAUGUUUAAUUAAGGACCAUGAUGGUGAAAACAAAAAGGUAUGACUCCUUGCUUAAAAGUGAAAAUUUAAAAUAGACUGAAACAGAAGAAUUUAAGUAACACUUUCAUACACAAUCACAUUCUGCAGGUCAGUGAAAGCCUGCAUCUCAUCUCCUUUUUGUUAAACAGGCAGGAGGUGCUUCGGUUCAAAGAUUGAGUUGCAGGACAGAAGUGACUUAAAUGAUAAUAUAGUUCUGCUUAAAUUUACUGAUAUUUUUAAACCCAGAUGUAUUAUGCUAUUUUAUAAAACUAUAUGUAAAAUUGGUAUUGCUUACAAAUAAUGUCACCAAGCCGAUCUAGUAUAUUUGUGGUAGGGUAGAAAACACUAUCAAUUUCAUUCAUGACUAAAGUCUUCUAUGUAACAAUUACCAUUAUUUUCCCCAAAGUGAAUGAAUUUUAUAUUUCCACUGGUUGGAGUUUAUUUUUGUGCUAUGACAGUGAAUGAUCGUUCCUGCAUCUAAAACUUGUCAUUAUGGGUUCUAUACUGUACAUGUGCCCUUUUUGUAGCUCUUAACUAAUAAUUUAAUCACAAAUGUAGUUAUGUAGUCAUUAUGAUCAAUUAUGGUGAUUUUAAAAUGUGAAGACUUUGACUGUACCUGUACAAUAAAUCUUAUUAAGAUGA